AUGGUGGCCACUGAGAUGUUGCGAACCCCGGUCGAGCGCCUUCUGAGAGAGGUCAGGCCAGCUCCGAGCCUCAUCAUAUCGGACAGACACCUAGCAUGGACGGCCGACCUCGCUCAGGACCUGGGGAUUCCGAGGAUCCUGUUUGAUGGCAUGAGCUGCUUCGCUCACCUAUGCACGCACAACCUUCAUCUAUACAAGCCCCACGAGAAGGAUGUUAGGAAGCGGAUAAGGGAGUCUGCAGAAACAGCGCAUGCUGUCAUCAUUAACAGUUUUGAGGAGCUCGAACCGGAGAACAUCGAAACUUAUAGGAAGACCAGCGAGGGUGCUCGAGCAUGGUGCAUCGGUCCAGUGUCACUUUGCAACAAGAACAUGCUCGACGUGAGCCAACGAGGCAAUCGUUCUUCUGAAGACGAGUCACAUUUAAGAAAGAAAUGGGGCGGGGCCUGGAAUCAUCGAAAAAGCCCGUUCAUUUGGGUCAUCCGGAGAGUGAACCAGGGUGAGGAGCUCGAACAGUGGCUCUCAGAGGACGGGUUCGAAGAGAGGGUCAAGGGACGCUGCUUGCUCAUCCGAGGGUGGGCCCCUCAGGUGCUCAUACUCUCACACCCAUUGGUCGGAGGGUUUCUGACACACUGCGGGUGGAACUCCAAGCUAGAAGGGAUAAGCGCGGGCGUGCCGAUGGUGACGUGGCCGCUCUUCGCAGAGCAGUUCUACAACGAGGAGAUGAUCAUGGAGGUCCUGAGGUUCGGGGUCGGGGCCAAAGAGGUGGUGCACUUGGGGAAUGAAGACGAGCAUGGAGUGAUGGUGAAGGGAAAGGAUAUUAAGGUUGCUGUAGAUAACGUGAUGAGUGAGGAUGAAAAGGGGGAGGAGAGGAGGAAGCGAGCUAAGAAGCUUGCAAAGAAGGCAAGUAAAGCAGUAGAACAAGCUGGAUCCUCUUACCUUAAUAUUAAGAAAUUAAUUGAGAAAGUCUUUAUCCUUUGGUAA